AUAAUUGCUUGGGUCUGGGAUACAUUGGCUGCUAUACCCCCUAGUGGGUCAGCACUGGGCCUGCUUGCGACGAACUCUAUAGAUCUAGCGACUGGAGAAGAGGGCAUUUAUUUCUCCGUGAGCACCCUUCUCCGGGAGUGAUGGUCUGGUCAAGAUUGAAGUAUACGAAAAGAUCGGGACAGAGUCGCAGCUCGUUGUGAGGGACGCCAUCCAUCCGCAUCAUCAAGCACUUCUCGCUUCUCGCAGUCAUUGUCAUAUCCUCCUGCUCCUCUCGAUCACCGAGUCCCGUAUAAGCCCAUCGACAAGCUCGUCCUCGCCUUCUCUCCUCUUCCUCCCCUUGCGUCCUGUCCUCUAUCCUCUAAGCCAGGCCACACUCCGCCACGCCACACGAUGACGUUCGCCGUCCUCCGCGUGCUGCAGACCAUCAUUGGCGAAGCCAUCGACGACAUCGAACGCGUCUAUUCCUCCGCCCACACCAUCGCCCACGUCCCCUCUCCCUUCCCCGCCCACCCGCACUCCUCGCCCUCGCCCUCCUGCCCGCCCAGUCUCUUCUCCCUCUCCUCCGGCACGUACAAUGAUAACGGUACCGAUGCAGACGCAGAUGGAGACUGGGAGCUCGAGUCUGCGCCGACGUCCCCCCAGAGCCCCGCCUUUCCGAAUUCUCCGAUCCCGCCGCUUUUGCCUGGGUUACAACCUUCGCCUUCGCCCGAUACAGGUCCAAGAAGCGAAAGAUUGCAUGAUUCGGAACAGAAACAUCGACUGGAGCCGAUUUCUACUGGCAAUGCUCCCUCGACACCGACUGCUAUGAUAGGGAUGGGGCGCGUGGCUGUGCUCGAGGACAGGUUGAGAUGUGAGGCGAGGGCGAAGAAAUCGACGUAG